GUGUACGCUGGGUAGCGUCAUGCCGUGGUUACCGUUGCUAGGCGGGCGGCGCAGUCCGGUGGCGCUCGGCUGGCCGCGAUGGUGAAGGAAACUAUCCUAGUAUACGCCCGGGUGAAGCCGCUGGGCAGGCGCCAGGAGGCGGGGAUCUAUUCAAUUGAGGAUGAUGAGAAAUCUCUGUCCACUCUGGAGAUUAUUGUGCCACAUGAUUUAGCAGAUGGUGUCGUCAAUAAUAAACGAGAGAGCUACAAGUUCAAAUUUCAGAAAAUUUUUGAUCAAGAGGCAAAACAAGAUGUGGUUUUUGACAGCAUUGCCAAACCAGUAGCAGAAUGUGUUUUAGCAGGAUAUAAUGGUACUAUCUUUGCAUAUGGUCAGACAGGCAGCGGCAAAACUUUCACCAUCACAGGAGGAGCAGAACGUUACAGUGAUCGAGGCAUCAUUCCCAGGACUUUAUCUUACAUUUUUGAUCAACUGCAGAAGGAUAGCAGUAAAGUGUAUACAACUCAUGUUUCCUACUUAGAGAUCUACAAUGAAUGUGGUUAUGAUCUGCUGGACCCAAGACAUGAGGCCUCCAGACUGGAAGAUUUGCUAAAAGUGACAAUAAUGGAAGACCCUGAUCAGAACAUUCACCUGAAAAACUUGUCUCUUCAGCAAGCAACCAAUGAAGAGGAAGCCUUAAACCUACUCUUCCUCGGAGACACCAAUAGGAUGAUUGCUGAGACUCCAAUGAAUCAAGCCUCAUCCCGAUCUCACUGCAUUUUCACUAUUCACAUCUCUAGCAAGGAACCUGGAUCUGCAACUAUUAGACGCUCCAAGUUACACUUAGUAGACCUUGCUGGAUCAGAGCGUGUUGCAAAGACUGGAGUUGGAGGUCACCUAUUGACAGAAGCCAAAUAUAUCAACCUUUCAUUACAUUAUUUGGAACAGGUAAUAAUUGCCCUUGCAGAGAAAAACCGGUCCCACAUUCCUUAUCGAAACUCUAUGAUGACCUCAGUAUUAAGAGACAGCCUGGGAGGAAACUGCAUGACUACCAUGAUAGCAACACUCUCUAUAGACAAACGAAACAUAGAUGAAUCUAUAUCGACCUGCAGAUUUGCACAGCGAGUUGCUCUUAUCAAGAAUGAAGCAGUUCUUAAUGAAGAAAUUGACCCCAGAUUGAUUAUUGUCCAACUGAAAAAGGAGAUCCAGGAGCUGAAGGAUGAGCUUGUGCUGGUGACUGGCAAACAAAGAACAUCAGAACUUUCACAAGAAGAGCUACUUCAGUUGGAUAAGUUGAUUGGAACAUUUCUUAAAGAUAAUGAUCCUGAUAGUGCUUUGGAUGUUGGUGCUGACAUGCGCAAGAUCAAGUAUUGCUUUGUUCAUAUGAAGGAACUAAUGAAUCAUUCAAAGAUUUCUGAUAGAAAAUGGCUCUCGCAACACACCUCUGAAGAAAAAGACACCAACAAAGAAGCAGAAGAACUGGAAAAAAUGAAAGAACUUCUACAGCAAAGAGACAAUGAAAUCAGUAUCCUUUACAUUCUGGUAAAUAUGCUAAAAAAAGAAAAAAAGAAAGCACAAGAUGCUCUCUUCCAGCUUAAUGCUGCCUCUGCUGGUAUACCAUGUGCCGUGCCUUCAUCAGCAGAUGAUUACUAUUUGUCUGUAGGAGAAAAUAUGUCACUUGGAUGUCAGGAAGCUUUUGAAGUUUUCAAGCGGGACCAUGCUGACAGUGUAACCACUGAGGACAACAAACAGCUUCUAAAACAGAGGUUUGCUGAAGCUAAAUGCCUUGGAGAAAAAUUGAAUGAAGUAAGAAAUAAAAUAAACAAUCUGAAAGGAAAGAUAACCCAGAGGCACAUUCAGAAGGCAGCUCUAGCUGUUUCAAGUCCUUCAGAAGAGCUAAAUAUGCUUGAUCCAGUAGAAGAGAAACUUCGAAUGCAAAUUGAAGAAGAAAAAAAAAGUUAUAGAACAAUGUUCAAUCGUUUGAAAGGGCUGAAAGUAGAGAUUGAGCACCUGCAGCUUCUUAUGGGAAAAGCAAACAUGAAGCUGCAAAAAGACUUUCAAGUCUGGUGGUCUGAAGAGGCAAGAAAACUACAGCAGGAAAAGCCAGAGAUGGUUAGCUCACCAAAUACCACAACUGUUCAUCCCCAGUUCAUCAAAUCCUCACAGUAUCUGUCAACAAAAAGUUUUUCAGAAACCACAAGUGUCAGCCCUGAUGAAGAUCCAGCUGGGAAAAACAAUUCAAUCACUUCUAAUAACCCUACUUUAAAAACAAGGUCAGAAGCACACCUGGGCUAUUCAGAGGAAAAAGUGAAAAAGAUCCCACCAAGUUCAAGUGCCUCUAUUCCUCUGACUGGAGACAGCCAGGCUGAUGCUGACAUCCUUGCUUUCAUUAAAGCAAGACAGAAUGUCCUGCAAAAGAAAGGCUUGGGGAACAAAUGAAAUUCUUGCUACAGUUCGCUAUAUCAUUUUAGAAACAGUUAAUGACCUUUAUUCUUUCCCUUCCUCCUCUGCUUAGAAACAGGUAGGAAUGAGUACUUUGGAUGUACAGGUUUAAUUAGUAAAGCUAUAGAAAUUAUUUUUCUUUGACAGCAAAAUCAAUUUCUCUGGGGAAUGAUAUUUGAAUAUUUGCACUCAGUAUCUUCAGCUUGCAUUAAGAUUAAGCAAAACUAGAACAACCUAUCAGGAGUUUGCCAAACAUGUUUGUUUAUUAAAAAUUCACUGUAUGUGUUCUACAUGUUAAAAUUAUCUCAUGUAUUAAUGCUUCUAUAUCUUUAAUCUGGGAAACACUUAUUACUGCUGCUGGUAGUUUUGCUUACAUCAAUUUGCAUAAGGCUUUAUUACAUACAUCUAGGUAGCACCUAAAGUUGUUUGUGCAAAAACAGUUGUUAUCUGGGUUACUAAACUCUAUAAAAUACCAUUUGAGACCUUUUCCUGUUUUUUUAUUUUCUUCUCCAAGGAAUAGUAAUUUUCACGGCAGAUGAUUAGAAUACUGAGAUUGUAUUGUAAUAUGAAAAUAAAUUAUUAUUAGAAAGUAAUUUGGAGUUCAAAAUUUUCCAACUGUUUUUUUAAUUUGAAUACAUUAAAUGUUGUCAAAAUAUACACCCUUCCAAAACAUACAAAUUUCAGAAGAAACAAUAUUUAAAAGGCUUCAAGUAAAACAGGGCACAUACUACAUACUUGCAAAGCACAAAUGGGAUGUGAACAUUUAAAUGCAAUUAUGUCUUACAUACAGUUGUUCACUACUGACUCAGUGCUACUUUAUUGCAUAGUAUCUGUUUAUGCAGCAACUUAUUUUACAUAUCAGACUAAUACAAAUAAAAAAAAUGCAAUGGAAAAUACAGUCUAUUUCUCCAAGAUAUACAUACUUUCAGAUUGAAGCCAUCAUUUUUAUGCUAAUGCUAAGCCUAUAGUCAUGCAUUUGGAAGGUUUUGGCUUAUUCACAUAAAAAUACAGCAAUAUUUUGGCAUAAGUCACAUAUCAUUCUCAAGGAUGUAUAUGUCCUUAAGUUGUUGAUACUUAAUUCCAUGGCAAAUCAAUAGUUAUUCAGAAGUACAUGGUGAACUGGUAUGUUCAAACAUACAGAAGAUACAUGUUUUUCAAAUUAACAACUAAGAUGCAAUAAAUCAAGAAAUAUUGAAGUUAUGUCUUUUUCCGUAUUUUAAUUUUCUGUAAAAGUCAGCACAGCUACCACAUGAAUUGAUAAGCUUUAUGUAGAAUUUAGGGCAUAAAAGGUCCUAAAGUCAGAUCCACUGUUGUUUUGGGUAGAGAGUUCAAGGAUUUGGUCAGAGGUGGGAAAAUACAUAGUUCUGCUUUGCUGGAGGUUAUAUUAAAAUGUCCUUCUUCUACCAGAAUCUUUAUAUGUCUGUCUUUAUUUUUCUUCUUCUAACUCUGUUACAUAUAAAUACUGUAUUAAAUAUACACUGAAUUAGUGUUUAUAUAGCUUCCCUGAGGAGAGCAGGAUCACCAUCCUGCCUCCAUCCAAAGCAGCUAGCUGGAGAAGAGCCAAAGGUUCCAAACCAUUGCUGGGUGAAGCAGCUGUCUUUCCAGUUUUCAGUAAAAUCUCCAUUAUGAACUUAUUUGAAG